GGUCCCUUGCGGCCGGUCCCCGCUGUCGUCUCCUUGCAGGCCCAGACAGCCGUGCUACCUGCACCCGCGGGCGAUGGUGGCGGCACAGGUGGAGGUGGUGGCGGAGCUGGUGGCAUCUGGCCGGUCAGCUGGCCUGCGUGGACCGCAGCAUCACAGUUCCGGCGCCACGUUUGCUCAGCUCCUGGCAUCGUACGCCCAGCGUGUGUGUCCGCCCAUCUCAACUGGCCGGGCGCCGCCAGCACGGCCGCCGUCUGAUGCUGCUGCCGCGGCCACCCCGCCGUCUGCACCGGGCACCAACAGCAGCAGUGGCAGUGGCAGUGGCAGCACGGGUGCCGCUGCUGCAGCUCCGUCAGCAGGGGAGGGGCCGGCGGCUGCGUCGGAGCUAGGCCCCAUCCCUGCCACCUGCAUCUGUGCCUACCUCGGCCUUGCCUCGGAGCAGUGCCGAGCGUCUGUGUCAGCCGCAUGCAGUGACAGCAGCAGUGACAGCAGCAGUAGUGGUGGUGGCAGUAGCGGUGGUGGCACCGACGGUGCUGCCGUGGUGCCGCUGUCAGCACCGCAAACACCUGCGCCACCAAGUACUGCCGCUACCGCCGCUGCUGCCACACCCGUCUUGGAUGACGGCAGCAGCACAGAGGCCGUGGCGGCGGCCGUGAUGGCGGGCCUGCAGCAGCAGCAGCGGCAGCAGACACUGCAGACACAGCAGGAGCUGAGCAGGCUGCAAGGGCUGCCGCAGAGCAGCGUGCGCCGCCGCAGCCGCCGCAGCCGCAGCCGCCUGUUGCUGGCUGGCAGCGAUGGCGCUUCGGCUGCCUUGUCCGCUGUGAACUCAGGCAAUGGCAGUAUCAGCAAGGGCAAUAGUAGCGGUGGCAGCUCUGUGCAGCCCUUCUGCUCCCUCGCCGCUCCGCUACUGCAGCAAGACAGCAACGGAACUAGCACCGGCAGUGGCAGCGUAGCCGGCAGCAGUAGCAGCAUCAGCAUCAGUAGUAACGGCAGUAGCAGCAUUAUCAGUGGUAGCGCCACCACCACUGCGCGCCCGGGCACUCCGCGGCUGAGUGGUCCGCGGCUGCAAGGGCUCUACGGCCAGCUGGGGCGGGUGUGCUUCCCAGGGGCCCUGGCUGCACCGUCCUUCUGCCAGUGCGCACAGGACCCGUUCUCGCCCAGCUGCGCUCUGGCCCGCACCCGCCUGUGUGCCGCCGGCGACCCCCUGUGCCGCCUGGCGCUGGAGGCAGGCGAGGGCAGCGCCGCCGCCACCGCCGCCCUGAAGACCUACUUCAGCAGCGCCUGCAGCAGCAGCAGCAUCAGUAGCAGCGGCAGUGGUGGCAGUAACAGCGGGAGCGGAGGAGGCGACGUGGGUGUGGUGGUGGUCAGAAUGGAGCUGGCGGGCAUGAACAGCACUGACGUGCGCCAGCGCCUCGCCGCGCCGCUGGCCGCCGCCCUUGCUGACGUGGCGGGUGUGCCGGCGGCGGCCGUGCAGCUGCUGGCGGCAGUGGAUGUGCCCGCGCCGCCACCCGACAGCGCCGACAUCACCGGUACCGCUAGCAACGCAGACAUCGCCGCGUUCGGCGCCAUGGGCGCCGCUGGUGUGGACGGCGCCGGUGUUGCUGUAACUGACAGCUCGGGAUCCAGUCCUGGCAGCAGGAGGCGGCGGGCGCAGCAGCAGGAGGUGGCGGCGGCGGCGGCAGUGACCAACACCGCCGGAAAUGUGUCCGGAUCCGUGCUGGUGGUCUACGCAGUGCGCACACCCGACCCCCCGGCCACAGCGGCCCGACUGCGUGCCGCCUUUGGCAACACCACCACCACCACCACCACCACCACCCGUGACAGUAGCAAUGGAGCCUGGGUCGACAGGCUCGCGUCCCUGGGGCUGCCCUUCCCUCCACCCUACAUUGCAACAGAGCUAGUGGCCGGCGGCGGGGAUAGCAGCGCCGGCGGCACCAGCAGUAGUAGCAGCAACGGCGGUGGCGCUGUGGCGGCUGGUCCCAACGCAGCUGCUGGCGGCACCGGCCAGGUUGGCAGCGCGGCAUCCACUGCAGUUGGUGGGAUGGUGGUGGCAGCAGGGGAAAGCACCGGCGCCAGCACCGGCAUCGCUCCCCAGCAGAGCGGCGGUGUUGGCGUCGCCGCUUCAGACCCGGACCAUGACCCCGUCUCAGCGCCCUCGUCCUCCGCUGCUCCUUCUCCUGCUCCUAGCACAUCAACCGGCAGCAGUGACAGCAACAGCAGCGGCAGCAGCAGCAGCCAGGGGAGUGGCGGUGGCGGCGGUAACCGCGCCGUCGUGGUGGGGGCCGCGGUGGGCGCGGUGGGAGCGUGUCUGCUUAUUUUGGCGCUGGUAGGCGUGACGGUGGCCGCACGGCGCGCGGCGCGGCAGCGCCGCAGCCGGCGUGCAGCCUUCCACUUCCCGCCGCCAAACGCUGACGGGGAGGCGGCUGGGGAUGCGGAUGCGGGUGGUGGCAAGGGGUUGUCGCUGUCGCAGUGGCUGCGGCGUGUGCUGACGGGUGCGGGCGGCAGCGCCACUGAGGGUCAGUGGCAGGUGGCGGACGGGGACGAGCACCUGCAGCCCUCGCGGUCGGUGCGAGUGCUGCCGCCCCCGCCGCCGCCGGUAUCACCACGCCGCCUGGGAGCUGCAGCAGCGCGCGGGGCCGGCGGCAAGGGCCCCAGGUACGGCUGGGCCGCAGGCAGGGAGCUUGUGCAAGCAGGCGCCCCAGGUGCUGGCGGCGUUGGCGUUGUCGGCAGUGGCGACGCGAGUAAGAAGCCGGGCGGUGUCCAGCGGGGUGUGGAGCUGGCGGUACGCUGCGGGGAUGUGAACUCGUCGCCGGCAGUGCUAGCCAAGGGACCAGUAGCUGCGGGCGUUGGCGGCGCCAAGACGCCAUCAGCGGCACUGCCCACAGCCGCUGGCAGUCAUGCAGGGCCGGAGGGCCCAGGCGGCGGGCUCUCUUUCUCCGGCCUGACGCCCACGGCGGCAUCGGCGUCGGCUGCUGCUGCCCCGCCCGACCCGCCGGAACGCACAGCUUCCCCAUCAGCGCCUCUGGUCACGAGUCCCCGUCUGGGUCAAUGGGAGCACCUGCAGGACCCGCCGGCAACGCAAGAGGCCAUCAUGCGGCGGCGGCGCCGGAUCACGCCGCCUACAGCCGGCGGCGCUGAGGCCCCGCCGUCCCCGAGGCCCGGGCUUGAGCUGGGCUUGCCACCUAACGACGGCGGUGGUGGUGACGGUGGCGGCGGUGGCGGCUGCACGCCUGCUGGGCAUGCUGCGUCGCCCAUCAUUGAGGCAGUGUCAGGAUGAGGGAGCGGAGGUCAAUGAGGGGCAGCUUGGGAACGGCGUGCAGACGCAACAGUGUUGGGGGGGGGGGCGCAACCCCCUGAUCGGCGCCCGGUGAUGGAGCGGCGUGCGUUACUGUGACCGGCAAAAGCCCGCCAAGCCGAACUCCGGCCAUGGUCGCGGACGCGAGGUCAAGUAUGGGGGAGACGUAGAGCAAACUGAUGAGCAGGUCCCCUGAAGGUUAGUGCAUGAGAUCAACAAUAGCUGCGGUAGCAGCGGUCCCCGGCUAGGGCCCCCGACUCGGCAGGACGCCGGACAGCCCGGAGAGUUGUUGGUGCUGUCAUGUUAAGUUGGCAGCGGGUGUGCCGUUUUGGGUGGUGUUGAGAAACACCGGGCUCUGUAGGCCGGUAGCGUUCUGUAGUCCCAACAUCUCGCGCA